AUGAAUGCACUAUUGGAUUAUGGUUCGUCUUCUAAUGAUACUGACGACUCAGACUCUGGAGAUGAGGAAAAAUUGACAAAAGAUUUAACAGAUGCCGUUGAUGCCGAUAGACCCAAGUUACCAAAACCGACUCUGGGCGAAAGCAGCCUUCAAACUUCGGUUUUUUCUAACCCAUUUGCUCAAGCUGAAAUAGCGAAAGCAGCAAUUCUUGAAAAACAUGUGAAAAUGGUUCCAGGUAAAGACAAUAUGCAGAUGAUAAAUGGAAAGAAGAUAUGCUGGAAUUUUCGUAAGGGGCGCUGCAGAUUUGGACACAAUUGCAAGUACGCUCAUGAUUCUGAUUUGCAGAAGUCACCAGAAGAAUUGGAAGCAGAUAAACAGAAAUUGAAAACUGUAGUUUGCGAGGGUAGUGGUACAAUGACCUGCGCUGUACCUCCACAAAUAGAAUUGGAAACUGUAAGUCCAACAGAUGACAUUGUGUGGGAAGGGGGUGUUAGGAAAAAGAAGAAGCGUCCAGGCCUAAGCUCGGGUUUGGUGCCUAGUCAAAAAGUUAUAAAAAUGUACAAGGAGCAGAAACUAAAGAACACAUAUAAAUAA